AUGUGCCUUAUAGGCGCAGGCCUUCAACUUACACCUAAUGCUACACGUCUCCUUCUGAACUGGUCUGUUUACGACACUAUCCGCGAUCGUGUCUGCGAGCCCAUCGCACUGACUGUCCACAACUAUCGCGGUAAGAUACUUGCGCACGAGGCAGAGUUCGAUGCGAACAUCCGCCGCAAGUACGAAGCGCCAUUCUCCGACUGCCAUCGCGUAGAUCUGCAGCAGGCCAUGGUCAAGCGAGCGCAAGAACUGGGCGUGAUCGUAGUACUGAACGCAAAAGUAACGACUAUAAAUCCGGGCUCGUUCACCGGCGAUAGGGCGCGCGUGACAACCUCGGAGGGCUAG